UGAUCAUGUAAAACAGUGUCUCCCUGCAGUGAGCCAGUGAGUAAACAUGCAGUAAUGUCCAAGCUUUCGGGUCACUCUAACCUGGCAGCCACACUGUCUGAUAUUUGUACAGCACAAUAACAGGUCAUUCGUCAUGAACACAGUGAAGCGCAGACUGAACAAGUGUCAGAUAGGACUUCUGCCCAUGGGUGCAGGAGCACAGCAAAAACUCUCUAAGCAUCGCUUCUCGGCUCUGAGGAUGAGGCACAUCAUGCGCCGCUUCACUCGGCCGGCCUGCCUGCUCCUAGCCUGCCUGUCCCUGGCCCUACACCUUCUCCUGGCUGUCAUCUCCUUGUCGGUCCUCCAGUUGACCUGUGACCCCCUCUCUGCCAUCACCCCCAAAGCUCCCAGGAUUUUGCCUGAUGCCGGUCUCACCACCCCACGGGCUGGACUGGUGAAUCCAGCUGGGGUCUUCUCAGGCCCUCUUACUUCUUCUGGGCUGGGCCACUCCAAACUAGCCGCCCUCUUUGAGCACCCCCUGUACACUCUGCCUCGGCUGGCACUGCAGGAGGACGACCGGCUGCUGCGGGUGAAGGCACGGCUGCAGGCCAGUGAGGUGGACAGCUCGCAGGAGUGGGUGAGCGACACUGAGGAUGGCUAUGACGCCACCCACUGGAACGACAGUGUGGAGUCCCAUCCAGCAUGGCUGCGCUUCCACUUGGGCAUCUCGCGCUGGGAGCUGUAUGACGGGCGGGACCCAGCCCUGCCGGCCCUCAUGGAGCAGCUGGCCACACACCGCAUCGUCAGCGCAGUGCAGAAGACGGGAGGCACGCAGCUGAAGCUGGUUAUGUCCUUCCCCAAUUAUGGCCAGGCGCUCUUCAAACCCAUGAAGCAGGACCGGAAUGAGGAGACGAACCCCAACCUCUUCUACUUUUCUGACUUUGAGAGACACAACGCUGAGAUUGCGGCCUUCCACCUGGACAGGGUGCUGGGUUUUCGGAGGAUUCCCCCGGUGGUCGGGAGGCUGAUCAAUGUGACCAAAGAGAUCAAGCAUAUUACCACGGACCGCAAGCUGGCCAGGACCUUCUACACCUCCCCCGUGGGUAACGUGUGCUUCUACGGCCAGUGCUCUUACUACUGCUCCCCGGAGCAUGCCAUCUGCGGCUGCCCCACUAACCUGGAGGCCUCGCUGGCUGCCAUGCUGCCCGACCUCUCUCUGGCUCCCCGGCGAUCCUGGAGAAACCCCUGGAGGCGUUCAUACAGCCGCAGCAAGCUAGCGCAGUGGGAAAAGGAUCCAGACUUCUGUGGCACUGUGAAAAAGACUCUGCCGUACAACAAGGGCACAAGACUAGUGGACUUGAUUGACAUGACAAUACUGGAUUUUUUAAUGAGUAACAUGGACAGACAUCACUACGAGACCUUCGAGAAGUUUGGGAAUGACACCUUCAUCCUAAUCCGUCGCUCCACGUUCCUGCGCCUGCGUCUCCUGUCACUGCCACAAUUCCGACUCAGUGAUGUCAUGCGAGAGUCCCUCACCCUGGAUCCCCUGGCCUCAAUGGCCCCCCUCCUGUCGGAGCCCCACCUCAUCGCCCUGGACCGACGCCUGUCCACCGUUCUGCAGGUUGUGAAGCAGUGUCAGCAGCAACACAGCACAGUAGAGGCGGUCAUCUUCGACGACCUGAGUGCUCACAUCGCUAACAGCUUUGCAUCUGGGCUGCAGAAAAAUACUUCAAAUGAUCAAGAGCCUUGGCGCUCAUGAGAGAGGUUACCACUAAAUACUGGAUAUGUACUCUAAAGCCCUAUUCAGACAGGAUUCAUUUAACAUGGGCAUGUAAUGUAAUUGAAGCAAUUGCAGAUAAAAGCCAUAAUUUUAAUCCAUUUCAAAUUUGGUAUGUUUGUAAUUCUGGAGCCAAGUACCUUUUGUAUUUCUGUGAAAACAGAUCUCUUUUACUAAUAGUGGUCCUGUCUGAAUUGUGAUCAGGGUAAUAAGGUUGUAUUUGUAAAGAAAUGCCUCUUUUUGUAAUGUGGAAACAGCACUGAACCAUUCUGGCAAUGAGCUUCUAGAAAAGGUUCAGUUCCUGUUGCUUCUCCCAAAUACUGCGCCAUCUGCUGGGCAGAUUUUAGAAUACACAAAAAUGUUAAAAGCCAAGUUUACUCAAUGAUGUGACACCAGGCCUUGGAACUAACUGUUGUCAAAAAUAUAUAUGAAUAAAGAAAACAACUGUA